GCGGAAGUGCCCAUGGUGUCUGUUGGUUUCUGUUACUGCACUACAGCCAAGCUCAGCACGUUAACAUAUUAAACACAUGCCGAUGUUUUUUUUUUUGCUGUAAACUCCAAGAAUGAGUUAAAACAGUGACCGUAAAUCGCCAGGGCGGGGAUGGAUUUUAGGAUCGGUUGGUUUCCUGGAAAUGGAUAAACCUGAUAUUGUCUUAUUUACACAUAUUUAGCUUUUAUAUAAGUUAAGAUAAUGUUGACAAGUCGUACAAUGGCAAACAAGUGGAGUAUCAGAUUUGGACUGACUGUCACUUUCUGGCUGUUGAAUCUUCAUAUUAUAUUUGCCCACGAUGUGAAGUCACCAACAGCUCUGUCGAUCAAAGAAGACUCUGAUGAUUUUAACAAUGCUGAAGAGACUCAUUUGGAGGAUGAAGAUCCUGAAGAUCUGGAGGUUUUCAGACCUACAGACAAGUGGCAAACUCUCAGACCAGGUCAAGCCGUUCCAGCAGGCUCUCAUGUCAGACUGAAUCUCCAGACCGGACAAAGAGAGGUCAAGAUGGGAGAGGAGGAAGGUUUUAAAUACUGGAAAGAUGGAAACAGGCAAGGUAUGGUGAAUAUGGACAGCCAUUCAUUUACAGCCGAGGAGUUGAAAAAGGCUCUGAAAAAGUUUAAAAAAGGAGCGGAUGACCCUGUAGAUCAACAAGAGGAAGAUGCAGUGAGAGCCCAAUUUCGCCCCAUAGAAGAGCUGAAAAAAGACAUGGAGGCUCUGGACAUGCUUGUGGAAACAGAUGUUCAGGUUAUGAGGAGGCUUUUAGACCAGUUUAAUAACACUAACAGCACAACCGAAGAGAAAGUCGCAGCUCUUCUAGACUUGGAGUAUCUCGUGCACCAGGUUGAUAAUGCCCAGAAUUUGGUGUCCAUGGGAGGAAUGCAUUUGGUUAUCAGAUCUUUAAAUAGUACGGAUGUUCGUCUCCAGGAGUGCGCUGCAUUUGUGCUUGGAUCGGCUGUUUCCAGUAAUCCUUCAGUGCAGGUUGAGGCAGUAGAAGGUGGAGCAUUACAGAAGCUGCUGACAUUGCUUGCCACUCAGCGACCAAUGACAGUCAAGAAAAAGGUGUUGUUUGCUGUGGCUUCACUACUGCGUCACUUCCCAUUCGCUCAAAGUCACUUUCUGAAGCUGGGUGGAGUGCAGGUGCUCAGUGAACUGUUUCAGACACCAGGAGCCGAGGCCAUGCGAGUCAGAAUCAUCACGGUUCUCUACGAUAUGAUCAUCGAGAAGGAGCUGAUUUCGCAGGUGGGACUGGACAUUAUCCCAGAUUCCUCUCACCAGGAGCGUUUGCGUCAGUAUGCUGAAGUGUCGCUCCUGCCGGUGCUGGUGGAGCAGGGCUGGUGCCGUCUGGUGCCUGAGCUUUUAGAGUCACCCGAGCACGACUGGAGAGAGAAAGCUCUGCGCACUCUUCUUGCCAUGAUGGCUCAGUGUCAGACUCAGUUUAAGCAGAACGCCGGAUUAACAGCCUCUCUGAGUGAACUGCAAAGACAGUACCAGGAGCUGGUGCUCACAGAGCAGGACGUAGGAGAGGAGGACGGUUAUUUCGGAGAGAUCCUGGCACUUGUUGACUCUAUGGUGGUUAAAAUGCGACGGGUGUAAGAUGAGACUUUUAAAGAUCUAAUAAAACGAUUGAGUUGUGAA